AUAACUAUGGUGCUCAUGUACGGUUUGACGAGAAUGGAGAUGCCCCAGGGAGAUACAUGAUCAUGAACUACCAGCGCAACCGGAUCACCAGAGAGUACGAGUACAAAGUCAUUGGCAACUGGAACAGCGGAAUAACGCUUAAUCACUCAGACAUCAUCUGGGCGGGCGAUACUAAAGAGGAAGGAGAGAUCAAAAACAUGCAGCGAGGUGAGCAGUGCUGUUGGAUCUGUACCCGCUGUAGUUCCUGGGAGUACAUCAAAGAUGAGAAGACCUGUGAGACGUGUCCAGAAGGAAUGUGGCCCUAUCCCAAUAAAACUGGCUGCUACGCCUUGGAAGUCCAGUAUAUGGUCUGGAACAGCAUUCACGCCGUUAUUCCUAUGGCUCUUGCAGCACUGGGGAUUAUCUGUACUUCAUUUGUGAUAACUCUUUUUGUGAUGUAUAACAGUACACCGGUUGUGAUGGCGUCUGGGAGAGAACUCUCCUAUAUGUUACUUAGUGGAUGCAUCUUCUGCUACUUCAUGACUUUCAUCCUUCUGGCGCCACCGUCGACUCUUCUGUGUGCCCUCCAGCGGUUCGGGGUUGGAUUUGGGUUUAGCGUUGUGUACUCCUCGCUUCUGAUAAAGACGAAUAGAAUUUCUAGAAUAUUUGAGAGUGCUAGACGUUCAGCUAAACGGCCGCCUUUUAUUAGUCCUAAGUCUCAGAUUGUCAUGACUUGUAUUCUCAUUCUAAUUCAGGUUCUGUUCACCUUUGUAUGGCUGCUACUAGAGCCUCCAGGAACACGCCUCCAUUACCCAGAUUCCAGGGAGCCCGUUGUCAUCAAGAAAUGCAGAAGCGACGACAUCUCAUUCCUCGUCAGCCUCAUCUACAACAUGCUUCUAAUCAUCGUCUGCACUGUUUACGCGGUAAAAACUAGAAAGAUUCCUGAGAAUUUCAACGAAUCAAAGUUUAUUGGAUUUGCAAUGUAUACGACUUGCAUCAUAUGGCUUGCAUUUGUGCCUAUUUAUUUUGGGACUUUAAAUUCUUUCAAA